AUGGGGAUCAAGCAGUUAUCCAAGCUCCUGAAAGAGAAUUGUGCGAAAGGAAUUAAAGAAAGGCCUUUGGCAUACUACUCGUCGAAGAGAAUAGCAAUUGACGCUUCGAUGUCGAUGUACCAGUUUCUGAUAGCUGUUAGAUCUGAUGGAUCAUCACUGGGAAACGAAGACUCCCCAACAUCGCAUCUUGUAGGAUUUUUCUACAGGACUAUCCGGAUGGUGGAGCUAGGAAUAAUACCUGUGUAUGUAUUUGAUGGAGUACCUCCCGAGGUUAAGAUGAAGGAGCUAGAGAAAAGAAGCGAAAGAAGAGCAGCAGCUGAUAAAGAGUACAAAGAGGCGUCUGAAAUGGGGGACAAGAAGCUUAUGGAGAUGUACGACAAGAGAAAGACAAAGGUGACUGGGAUGCAUGUUGAGGAGUGCAAGAGACUUCUUGGGCUGAUGGGGAUACCGUUUGAAACAGCACCCAGCGAGGCAGAGGCAUACUGUGCUUUCCUAUGCAAGAAGAAGGCUGUGUACGGUGUUGCAACAGAGGACAUGGAUGCUCUGACAUUUGGGUCACCUGUGGUGUUGAGAAACUUCAGUGGCUCCCAGAGCAGAAAGCUUCCUAUUGUAGAAUACAACCUCCCGGAGCUAUUGGAAAGCCUUUCCUUGGAGCACGAAGAGUUUAUUGACUUGUGCAUUCUCCUCGGAUGUGAUUACUGUGGCACAUUGAAAGGAAUAGGGCCUAAGAGAGCACUGGGGUUGAUUAAAAAGCAUGGGGGCAUUGAGAAGAUUCUCCAGAGCGAGAAUUUGGAGGUUCCCGACGGCUGGAGAUAUAGGGAUGCCCAGAGGAUAUUUGGAAGUCUUCCGGAAAUUGGAGAUGCAAGAGAGUUUAAUAUUUCAUGGGGGUCGAUAGACAGAAAUGGGAUUGUGAGCUUCCUUGUUGAAGAGAAGGGAUUUGACUUGGAAAGAGUCAACAGAGGGAUUGAAAAGCUUGUGAACUCUCGAAAGAAAGGGGUCCAAGGGCGUCUAGAUGGGUUCAUAGCAAGGAGCAGGUGA